AUGCCACACGACGAAGCGACUUUCCAGCAGCCUGCUGACCCACCUCUCCCCUCAUCCUCACAUCCACCACCCGCGUCGCCCGUGUCCGUGUCAUCCGUGUCAACCUCGGCUAGUCACCCCAAUGCGUCACCUCAACUGUCGCCGACCGCGGCCCCGUUCUGCCCGGCCACGACGGCGCGCCGAGCAUCCCCACCUCUCUCCCCUACCGCACCUUCUUUUCACCCAUCUUCUCCUCCGCUAUCACCAUCCGCGCCGUUAUCACCACCCGCGCCGUUAUCACCAUCCGCGCCGUCGUUCUGCUCUCAACUCUCCGCUCCCUCGGCCACUAGCAACGUGCCUCUUGGCAAGGUUCCAAAGCCAACCAAGAAGCAGACGGUUGACGAGCUUCGCGCCAUCCUUACCAGGCUCGGCAUGAACUCGAAGGGCACCAAGGAGUCAUUGUACAAGCGCUUGAUGAAGGCUUACUGCGAACAGCACGACGAAGAAGAAAGAUCCGCAAACGCCGCCCUUCACGCCGAACGUGCUGCCGCUCUCGCAGAGUCUGGCGCGCUGCGCGGUAUCGACCAACCCCACACAUGGUACCUGUGCUUUGACGUCGAGGCAACAUGCAUGGCCGGCAAGGGCCAGUUCGACUACCCAAACGAGAUUAUCGAGUUUCCAGUCGUCCUCAUGGGCUGGACCCACGAGUGGGAAGAGGGACACGACGGGCGUCGACUCUCUAGUAACGCGCGCAUUGUCCACAUCGACACUUUCCACUCCUACGUGCGGCCGACUUGGCGUCCGCAGCUCUCCAACUUUUGCACCAACCUCACGGGGAUCCAUCAGAGCACGGUCGACAAGUCCGAGACAUUCCCCGAGGUCUUGUUGCGUCUGGAGAGCUGGAUGAGAAGAUGGGGUCUGCUUGAGAACGACGAGCUCAAGAACGCUAUGGACUUUGUGCCGAAGCAGCUGCACAUCACGCCCACCUACCCUCCUCGCUAUCCCAAAUACUUCCUCGGUCGCUACCUGAACAUCAAGGAGGCGGUGCGGACAGUACGCGCAGAGGAAGAGCGACGCCAGAACCUGCACCACCCCAAUCCAUCACGCAUUACCACCGGGCGUCGCACCCGGCCUCGGCCUGGUGCGCAGCCACCUCUCACGAUCGUGGACCAGCUUACCGCGUUGGGACUGAGCGAAUUUGAGGGCCGACAGCACUCUGGCAUCGACGACGCGUCCAAUAUCUCCCGCAUUCUGCAGGCUAUCGGAGCACGAGGCGUGCACAUCGAGCCGAACGGCGUGUUGUCGACCGCUAAAGCGCGCCGCUACGCGUGGAUGGGCAAUUCUGGCGAGGUGUUGUGGAACAAGCCGGCAGACCCGAUCAACGUUGAGGGCAGUCUUGCGCAACUAAAGCUCGACGACGACGGGAGCGUAGGCAGCGCCGGCGCACGCCGUGCCCUCACGGCAAUCUGCGCGACGUCCUAA